AUGACCUGUCGCCUCACUGCAACAAGUCAGAUUAUAAAGAGCAAACCGCUCGUCAACCGCUCCGGUAGGCACGACAACCGAGAGCUCGGGCUAACUUGCGCCGGACAGUUCACGAAGCCUCUUAAGGUCACCCGAACUAACGGUGGUUCUUAUUCCUUAUUUUUUUUUUUUACCGGAACAGCUCACGUUAGGUCAUCAAUACACCGACUUCUGCACAGGAUCCGCCCCCCUCUGGUCACCGUGGCCUUUCCUUGUUUCGAUGGCGUUUAUCUCCCAAAGGAAGAAGCUGCAUUCCUUCAUCAAGUCAAGGAUGAGCUGGAAACAUUCCAAGAGGAAAACUGCGGCCACGGAAGUGUGCUCCUGUUCCCUCCACUUCCGAGCAGACUGCGAUACCUGAUCCACAGGACCCUGGAGGACCGGCCGGGCCUCACCACCUUCUCAGUAGGGGGCAGCUGGUGUCGAAGGGUGGUGGUCUGCCACUCGGAGAUAAGGCGUGUGGAUGAGCAAGCCAGUGACUGGGAGAGCAGCAACAGCAGCUUGUGUGAACAUCCCCUAAGAAACAGGGAGGAGACGGGUGGCGACAACACAAAGCCCAAAUCUUCUAUCUCGUCGCGAGGCCGAGGUCCUAAGAGGCCGGACAAACCCCUCUACAUGCCACGAGCCGCUCGGGAGAGACUCUCCUUGCAGAACCCACAAGACCCGUCGGGAGACCUUGGGUUGCCCGGUCCAGCCUCAAGUAGCUGUAGCUUCAUUAGCACUUCGUGUGACUCUUCUUUCUGUACCGAAACGGCAGAGAAAACCUCCACCACACCCAGGCAGGAUUGUCCCCUCAGUGUAGCGGAGUGCUUCCCCCACCAUGCUGCUGACUGUUCAGCAAUAUGUCCUCAGGAAGACGAUGACAAGUUGCUGCUCGCUGUGGAUGAAGCUGAGCCCCGAGGCUGGCAGCAGACAAUAUCCUCCUUCAAUGACCUGACUCUGGAGGAAGAUGAGACGGGCAAGGAGGACGUAUGCGCAGACUCAGAUGAUGUAACUGAAGAGAUCAAGGCACAUCUAAAAGAACUGGUGACUGUUUCCAUUCAGCACGUCCAGAAUGACUACUCCAUGUAUGAGAGUGUUUGCAUCAUCCCGGAAAAGCUUUGCCACGUGAUCGAGAUCUAUCACUUUCCUGCGUUUUUCAAAACGGAUGACCUCCUGGAUGCUUUCACAGACUACAGUGAUGGUGGAAUGAAGAUCGAGUGGGUUGACGACACGCAUGCCCUGGGGGUUUUCUCCAAUGAGACGGCAGCCAUCCAGGCACUCUCCAUUUGCCAUCCAUUGCUGAAGGCAAGAGCCUUGAAUGAAGGGAGUAAAAAAGCCAAAGGGAAGGCCGUUAGACGAGCAGAGUUUAUCCAGCCAGUAAAGGAGCGUCCUCGGACCGACUGUGCUGUUGCCAGGCGGAUGGUGACCAGAGCGCUUGGGAUGCAGGAACGAGGCAGAAGAGGGCAGCGAUAUUGAAGGGAAAUGCAAACAGAGCGGUCCAGCCCAGGUCUGCCCCCCCCCCCGUUCAUUUAGAGGCUCCACAGAGGCCACAAACAGCCAGCUGAUGAGGAAGAGCAUGACUACCGUCCAGCACGGUUUGCGCCCUUCACCGAUGGGUGCAGCAUGUUUCACACGGUGAAGAAGGGCACCAGCAACAGAUGCCCGUCACACAUCGGCAACAUCCACACCGCUGAAGGGUGUUUGUGCAAGACGCAGAAUCACAACACGCCUCAAAGUUGCUGCUCUAAAGCUGAACCUGACCUCUUUGGUCAAUAUUGAUGUAGUUCCAGUUGUUCACUGAUCAAUUAUCACAAAGAAAGUAGAUUCCAAUGCAAACCGAAAUAUCCAAUGGAGAAAGCAGGAGAAGCUCUUAGCUUGUUUUUAUUUGAAUGCAUGGAGUUUUUAAGUAUUCUUAGACUGGGAUUAGUUUUAUUUCCUCCUGUCCCAAGUGAUGCAGGAUGGUUGCAUAAUACUACUAAGUAAUUAUUUAAUGUCAUGUUUAAUUCCUUUACAUAUUCAUUUCCAAGAUUUGUAACUUAUUACAGGAAUGUUUUUUCAAAAGCCAGCCAGACCCCAGUCGUUAUGUAACGCAGACUUUGUUUGAAUUGUUGUUAACAAUUUACCAGUUGUUUUUUAUAUUUAUUAUUUUCCACAAAGCUACUGUGGGAUUGUUGCCUCAAAAAUAAGGUAUUCAAGUUGUUGCUCACUCUAUAUGACAUAACGUUUAUGUUAUAAUGUUUAAGAUUUGAGGACUUGGAAUGUUUGGCCCUUUGCACCGGUUCUGCAAUUAGUAAAAUAAAGAGGUUGAGUGUUUUAUGUUUUUAAUCAAACUCAACUGAGAUUUCCCUGAAAUUCUAUUGGCUGAAGUGGGAGUGACAGGACUUGUUCUGUACCUAGGUCUACUAAAUGUAGGAUUUAACUGCAUCCUUUGAGGUAAUUCAAGUAAAACAAUACUAAUUUCAAGAAAUGCUCCAAGAUCCCAUAGAAUAUGAAAACCACAAAUGGUUUUAGUUUUUCUUUGCUGUAUAAAAGUUUCAAUUGUGUAACAUUUGGAAUAAAGAAAAGGAGCAGCAGAUAAAAGAGUGAAUGUGUUUCAA